AUGGACACCCAAUUUGACCGGUCUCCUAUCAAAACCAUGUCUGAAAUUGGGAAACUUGAACACAAGAACUUCAUAUGCAAGUUCAGAUUACGGAAAGCUGGCCUAAUCUCCUCUGACGAUGAGCUGGUUUUGGACCUAAUACUACACCCAUCAAAGUUAACUGCGGCUAUAGACAAAUUCAAGAGCAAUAGCCCUUGCCGCCCUUGCCCGCCAGAGACGCUGCAGAUGAAAACCUCGAGUUGUAGGCGUAAGGCAGACAAAUUUGCAUACGAAGUGAAACCAAAAAAGAAAAUAAAACUUUGUAAGAAUCCUAAUAGUUUGCCCCUUCGCACGGAUAAGCCGGCACUGACAAAGCGAGAUGAUCUUUUUAGACGGACUAGGAGAAGUCGACAGCAUUCCAACGAUCAAGAUAGAGUGGCAGUCAACAAAGAUCACUGCAAAGAACGCAAAGCAUUAGUUCUGGGUCAACGAUCAAUCCCUUCAUCUUUCAUCUCUCGCUCUUCAAAUCCUGCUAGAGACUCUAAACAAGAUGGGCAAAAGGAAGAUUCAAAGAAGAAGUCUUGCGUUUCCUUUACGGAUUUCCUUGACAAGAAGUUGCACAAAAAUACUGUGCUACCCAAAAUAUUAAAGGGGAAAUCAAGGCCUUUUUGGUCGCCAUUAGGUCCUAGCAAUGUUGGUGGACCUACUGAUCACCAAAUUGGGGUUCAAAAAGAAGAGCAAGAAAAGAGUUCCGUUCUUGAUCAAUUGGUUUUUGAGCAGUUUAAGCCUACUGGUGCAGAAAAAGGAGAUGAUCUAGUUUCAAUUGGUGACGGUGAAAGAGGUGAUGGCAUGGGUCCAUUUGGUGCAAAAGUAAUUUCUAGCUCUUCAUUUCUUAUAGGUUCAUCUGGUGAUGGUGGAAAAGGAACCUCCACCACUUCAUUUGGUAUAGGUUCAAGUCAUGUUGGUGAAGUAGGAACUUCCGCGGUAAACGAUUCCAGAAAAAGGAGGAACCCGUUUCGAGGCAAUCGUCAGUUCUGGGAGGUCGUCCAAAUCCCAAUCAAAAAGGAAGAAAAGAGAGCUUCACAGGCAACAAAAAACAAAGGCCUCUCUACAAUCAUUCUAGUGGCUCUCUUACUGUUGACAGACGCAAACGGUUCUGGCUGGUGGGACUGUGACAUGGAAGGUGUCGACUCAGAGGAAGUAGGCUUUGGUGAAAUAUGGGAAGGGUCAGGAACUCGUCAUGUUCAACCAAACCAUGUUUCAAGUUUAAAUGUUAAACUACUUACAGGCCCUUUGAACUACUUCAAAAGCUUAAUUACAAAUCCAUUCGUACCAUGA